GUGACUGUGAAAGGAUGCGAGAGCUGCUCUUGCCUCUGAUUCACUCGUGCGUUUGAGCUCGUUGUUCUGUGGUUUAUAGUGAGUGACUGGAAAUAUUUAUUCAAGUAGGUUAUAUCUUCUGCCAUUUCUCAUUCAGCAUACACUAUACGUUCAACUAAUGUUUCUUGUACGUGGAAAAUAAAAACGAUGAGUGAUAAACAGUGACCAGCUUGUGAACUACUAAAUUUGAAAAUAAAAAGUGACAACAUUUUUGUUAAACUUGAAAUCAGUCACUAAAUGUGCUUGCCUUUAUGAAUUUGUGUUCGUGACUCGUAAGCAGAAACAGCAGACAUAAACAUGUAAGCAAAACAUAUUUAAACUAAGUCGCUUUCGAAGAGUUGCACGUGCUGUGUUGUGUAACUAAAGACUGAGAUCUGCGAAGGUUAACCAUUUUCGCCUUCAGUGUUAUAAAGAUGAAGCAGUUCACAUGGUGGGCGAAGGCGACAACGCUGGUCUUCUUAGCUGGCUUGGCAACAGCCAGAGAUCCAGGCGAACACUUGAACAAAUGCGUCAAGAUGGCGGAGCCUUUGGUGAGGGACCCAAGAUACAACUUCCCUACUGACAUCCAAGACAUCAGGGAAGUCUGCAGGAUGUGGGAGAGCUUCCUUGAAUGCGUCUACGCGUACGCGAAUACCUUCAUGGCCUCUACGCAGAAACGGGAUUUCAACAAGACUCUUCACGGCAGUAUUGAAGGGAUUCAGAAACUUUGCAGCGAGGAUCCCGACUACCAGAAACUAUACAUGGCAUACGCCCCAUGCAUGAAGCGCGUGUCUAUGGAACCAUCCCACUGCGGACUCCAGUACAGACAUUUGAGCGACCUGGUACAAAGGAGGUCAAUAAGCGACGAUCAACUCUGCUGCGGCCACAGGAAAUUUCGUGAGUGUGUCCUUGAGUCGACGGCGGAGGAAUGUGACGGCGGAGGGAUCCUGCUGGGGGCGGGAAGGUCUCCCUCUCAGUUCAUGAAGGAGAUGCUGGAUCAGACAAUGGGCUUCAUGCUGCAGAAAUGUAAAGAUUUUGUGCCCAACCCUCGCGACUGCCCAAGCAACCUCGCCGGGGUGGUCGCAGCAGGAAACUCUGACGGCAACGACGGCGUGGCGGAUGACCUCGUCAUGAACAGCAACAACUUGUCUCCUGAUCCCACGACAGCUUCCACGUCUCCUUCCCCAAAGCCUCCGCCAUCUCCUCCUCCUCCUCCUCGCCAUCACAACUCUUUCGUUCCUUCCUCAACCACAUACCCGACAACCCGCUUCACAUGGACCACUAGAAGUCCCUCUACCUCUAGGCCGACGUCAGCCGUCAACUUGGCCGGGAAUAGUCUGCUGGGACCAGCUAGUCAGCAGUUUAAGGACUCCGGGGUCGACAGGGCACCUAAUUUGGCAGCGGUGGUUCUCACCGUCGCCUUUCUUCUUAAGCUUUGAUUUCUCCUCCUUCUUCUUUCCCCCGUUUUUUGUAACCUCCUUCAGGAUUUGGAAACUGACAACGAGGAUGUCUUUUUGUGAUUGGUGUUUAUCUGUGUUCUCUGUGCUGGGUGAAUAAAAGGACAAAGUA